AUGCCAGAAACACAGCUUCAUAAACCUCUCCAACAAUCCAUGGACGGAAGCUUAGGGACACUGGAAACACAAGUCCAUAAUCCUCUGAAACCACCCAAGGUACCCAUCUCGGAGGAUCCCAUUACCGCCACCAAGCUCACCACCCGCACAAAAUCCACAACCAAAACUGUCCUCCCAGUUUCACCCAUUUUGUUCAAAACCAACCCUGCGGACUACUCCAAAAUUCCCGCCUCCACCUCUAACCUCUCCACAAUUCUUUCCACCCUCCGCAACCUCCUCCCAGAACGCCUAAGCACCCGCGCCCACCCCCUCCUGCGCGUCUAUGCCACGCAGCUCUCAAAACACCCACACCUAACCACCCUCCUAACAAUCCAACUCCUCUUCACAGGCCCUCCAGUACUCCUAUUCGUCCUUUUCGCCACAGGGACGAUAUUCUUCUCGCUUGCUCUGGCGCUGCUAAGCGCCUUGGUGAUUAGUGCGCUUGUCCUGUGUGGUGCGAUGCUGGUUGUUGUGCCUGCUGUAGUUGCAGCGGCUGUGGUAGGGACGGUGGUGUGGGUUGGGUGUCGAGUUGGGUGCUAUGGGCUUGUUUGGGUUAGGGAGGCGUUGGAGGCGUUGGAGGCGUAUGGAGGGGGUGUGGAUGGGAGGAAAGGGGAGGCGGGGAAGAGUGAAGACGCAGUUGGGAUGGAAGGGUGGAAGUUGGAGUGGGAGGAGUGGAGGAGGAGGGGGGAAAGGAAGACGGGUGGGGAUGGAGUGGUUGGUUGA